UUCUCUAGAUCCGCCCCUGGGCUGCACAUCAGAGCUCGAUUAGCAGGGCUGGAGAAGCAGCUCGGCGCUCGGUUCUUUCUGCCUCUGUUUAGCGUGGCGUUAGCUCGGUGUGCAGCACCGAGGGUCCUCCGGUUCGGUUAGCCGCAUUCUCUUGGAUUAAAGAUGGCGAGUGAGUCGGUGAAGCUGUCCAAAAACCUGCUGCGGAUGAAGUUCAUGCAGAGACGUCUGGAUGCAGAGACGAAGAAGCAGCUGGAGGAGGACGAGCGGAGGAUCAUCAGUGAUGAGCACUGGUACCUGGACCUACCCGAGCUCAAGGCUAAAGAGAACCUGAUCAUCGAGGAGAGGAGUUUCGUUCCCUGCGAGGAUCUGAAGUAUGGCCGACUCUCCUUCAGAGGCUUCAAUCCUGAAGUCGAGAAGCUGAUGGCUCUGAUGAACCCCAGAGAGGAAGAGGAGGAGGAAGAGGAGGACCUGAGCCGGAUGCAAACAGACGUCACAGAUGAAGAAAUGGCUCUGAGGUACGAGAGUUUAGUUGGAAGCAUGAAGAAGAAGUUUGCAACGAAGCGAGAGCGAGUGGCGCAGGAGGCGGACGAGGAGAACCACGAGGUGGCGAAGAGAGCAUUCGUGAAGCCUCAGGACUGAAGACGCUCGCGCUCCAGAUGUUUUUAGACGUGAGGCUGGCGUGGAGCAGCAGCUGUGUGGAUGUUAUACAUCCUGCUUUUAUUCCACGAGGAGGACACGAGCAGCCUCAGAGCUCCUGAGAGCUGCAUGUUUAUUCCCUGUUUGUUUUUUAACUCUGUAUGUGACUCACCUGAGGGGUAUUUAAAGCCACGCCUCCUCCACUUGUUUGCUCGUCAUGAGGAGGUGAAGGUUAGUUCAGACCUCUGAAGAAGUAAAACACAGACUGUAAAUAAAAGA